AUGGCACCUGUGGAACAAGAUGUUGAAAUGAAAAAUGUGGAUAGCCCUGCAGGGGCAAACGACGUAGAAAUGAGUGAAGUGAAAAAAGAUGUCGAUGUUAUAACCGUUCAAGAUCUACGGGAACAUGUCAGACAAAUUGAUAAAGCUGUAUCGUCUAAGGAACCGCGAUUUGCUAUGCGAGUGUUGAGAUCUAUUCCGAGUACUAGGCGAAAAUUGAAUGGUAAUGUUCUUCGUGCUAUUAUAAACCAACUCUAUCCGUCAAGCCCUGAAAAAGAGGCUAUACUUGCUCUUGUAGAAAGUCCUUUGCCUGGUGCCGUUGAAAUUGAAAUCCCUCGCUCUAGAAGCGCCCUGAAAAGUCCAGCUCCAGAAGUUGAUGUUUAUGUCCAUCUGUUAGUAUUAUUGAGAUUAUUAGACACCAACAAAUUAGAAGAAGCUACUGAAUGCUCCCAGCAGUUGAUGAAUAAAGUAACCGCGCAGAACAGAAGAACUCUUGAUUUAAUUGCUGCCAAAUGUUAUUUCUAUCAUUCACGUGUAUUUGAACUAACUAACAAGCUGGAAUUGGUACGAGGUUUAUUGCAUGCUCGUUUACGCACCUCAACUCUUCGUAAUGAUUAUGAGGGACAAGCUGUUUUGAUCAAUUGUCUCUUGCGUAAUUAUCUCCAUUACUCUCUAUACGAUCAAGCUGAUAAAUUAGUCAGCAAAUCUGUAUUUCCUGAGAAUGCCAGUAAUAAUGAAUGGGCAAGGUUCUUGUAUUAUCUUGGUAGAAUAAAAGCUGCAAGACUUGAAUACAGUGACGCUCAUAAACAUUUAGUGCAAGCUUUAAGAAAAGCUCCACAAACCGCAGCAGUUGGAUUCCGUCAAACAGUACAAAAAUUGGCUAUUGUUGUUGAAUUGUUGUUAGGUGAUAUCCCAGAACGUGCUAUAUUCCGUCAAGCUCCACUAAGAAAAGCAUUAGCUCCAUACUUCCAAUUGACUCAAGCCGUAAGACUAGGAAAUCUACAAAGAUUUGGAGAGGUACUUGAAAAUUAUGGACCACAGUUCCGCACUGAUCAUACUUUUACUUUGAUCUUAAGACUAAGACAAAACGUCAUUAAGACAGCUAUCCGUUCUAUUGGUCUGUCAUAUUCUCGCAUAUCACCAAAAGACAUAGCAAGAAAGCUAGGCUUAGAUUCUGCUGAGGACGCAGAAUUUAUUGUUGCAAAGGCCAUUAGAGAUGGUGUUAUUGAAGCUACUCUUGACCCAGAAAAGGGAUACAUGAGCAACAAAGAAAGCUCUGAUCUGUAUUGCACCAGGGAACCUCAACUGGCCUUCCAUCAGCGUAUUUCAUUCUGUUUGGAGUUACAUAAUCAGAGUGUUAAGGCAAUGAGGUAUCCACCCAAAUCAUAUGGAAAGGAAUUGGAAAGUGCUGAAGAACGCCGCGAAAGAGAACAGCAAGAUCUUGAGCUUGCUAAAGAGAUGGCUGAGGAGGAUGAUGAUGGUUUCCCUUAG